UCCAUAGCAACUGCAUAUGUAUAGCAUGUUUAGCUAGCCCCUACGAGCUACUCAAGCUUUACUUCAUUGUGACGUUAAAUUAUAGUAACUGCUUGGAAAGACGACCGAAGAAACAAUUCAACCUAAUCACGAAGGUUAUUGGAUAAUUGCUAAAUAGCUAGUUAAGAUCGUGUUGUUGUUCGCGCCAUGUUUGUGUGACGACAUGAAUUAUCGACAGUGGUGCCGUAUACAUUUAUAUGUGUGUUUCUUGUUUGGGAGUUUUGCACAAACCCUUACAGAAACGGGGACUACGCCGACCACCACUUCCAACUCAACAAGUCUGGAACCUGUCGGCCCAACGACCCCUUCUCCGGGGGUCACCGAUGGGGUGAACUCCAGUAGUUCCCCCACUGAGAGAAUCGAGGCCGUAUCAGACUCCACUGGAACCGUUGAAAGACCUCUAACAGACAACGGCCUGACUUUCACUCCAGCUGGUCGAUCACCGGCGGUAAUCCCAGUAGCAUGCGUCUGUGAUCUCACACCUGAUUUCUGCGAUAUUGGCUGCUGUUGUGACAUGGUGGACUGCGGCAUUGAUAACCUGACUACCAUCUUCAGCGGCUGUCCACAGAAAGCCAUAUCCGGAGACUGCAUUGAGAAAUGGAUGAUGUUCCACACCAAUGUGGAUUUAUCGUCUGUCACUGUGACUGAUUCCUUGUUUUGUGUCCAUUCUGAAGAUGACACAUUUAAGGUCUCUGUUUCUCCACCUCAGUCUCCAGCUUUAGGGGACUCUUACCAUUUCUCACCCCCAAAACCAACAGGCGUCGGCCACAGCAGACCUUUUUAUCGGGCCGAUGACGUCAUCCAGACGUUCUUCCCCACGUCAUCUGUGCGAGGCCUCCUUCGGCAGCCGUCUCCGGGGGCGACCACCGUAAUGUGUCUUAAUCGCAACCCUGCACGGUUUCUGAGGUCACAGUCUUUGUCUUGUACUCGCAUGGUAACCCCUCAGUCUUGUACCGAAGACUCAAAUCUCAGCGCUCUCUCCUACCACUCAGAUCUGAGUCUUGUUAAAAUUCCAAAACCCGAGAAGGAGCAAGUGUCAGACUUUUUGAUCGCAGUCUCCCCAGUUUCUGACUGGCCUGUACCAAGUGAGCAAAACAACACUUGUGUUAACGUGGCAAAGAAGGUGGACUUUGUCAUAGCGUACACAGACAGAGGAGAACUGGCAGAAGCGACCGUGAAUGUACUUUUAGCUGAUGUUAAAAUGGAGCAGUUGCUGCAGCAGGUUCACUCAGUACAAUUCAAGCUGGUGACAUCUAGCCAGUCUACACGACAACCGACCCCCACAGUUGGACUACGGGUGGGAGCUGCGGUUAUCGGUCGCUUUAAUGGAGCAGCUGAACCUGUGACCAUAAUGGGGGUGUCUCUAGGCGGCGCGUGUUCCUCUCGCCUCAGCGCGCGGGCAAUCAUCCCCUUUGCACACAACACUAUCACAGGCUGCACAUUAAAAUCUUCUUCUGAGGACUGCUCAGAGAUGCGUUCUCGGAUUUACGACAUCUUGCGAGGAACAGCCAUCCCUGAUGUCAUGGCCAUGAACUCAGGCUCCGAGCCCGACUGGACGAGAGUCCUGAAGCAGGAGUGUCUUGUCAACUCGGAGUAUGAAUUUACAAAGCCUUGGAGAGUACUUAAUGAACAGCUUUCCCCCCGCCUCAGGAAACAUGUGAUUCAGGCUGCACCCUUCCAUACCGUCUCUCUGUGCAAGUGCUAUGGGCUCACAUGGGCCUCCUGCAUCUUCCUCAAAGUUACAUUCUGGGAGCUAAAUAUCUUUUCCAGUGUCGCAAGUUCAAGUGUCCUCUGGUGUCACCUGUCACGCUAACCACUGAGGUGGCAUUUGCUGACAUGACAGUUUACCCCAAACCCUUCCGGGGCUUAGGGUCAAUUUAAAGGACAUCUAAGUUUAAUGCUGCUCAAUGUCAGGUCAGAAUUCUUUACCCGGUAAGUGGAUCAUAGACGAAGAGGUUAUUUUUUUUCAUCGAGUUUAAAUCCUGCAGACCCCAAUUAUACAAAUUAAAUUUAGUGAAUGUACACUAAAAGAGAAAACGUCAAGAGAAAAACUACACGUGAUUGUUUGUGUGGUCUCAAAAUAUGAUAAUUUAUUUGUGAACAUUUUAAGUAUGAGCAUCUCAGGUGAAUAUG